ACGAUUGCAUUUGGGAGAAACACUGCACAGACACAGCUCUAAGUGUGGAUCCAACUGAUUUCUAACCCUCUCUCUGUCUUUUCUUUAUAUGUAGUUAUGGAGACUAUGGUGCAACCAUGGACAAAAGUCCCCUGUUGAAAACAUUGAUGGAUGCCGAAGCAGCGGCCAAUUCUGCAGCCAUACAGCUCAUGUCAUUCAAGGAGACACUGGAGGGCGAUUUUGCCGACUCAAGACACUGUGCUUCUGAUAACCGGCAGAUGUCAAGGCAGAGAGGCCUUCUGCUGGACAAGUUGGAGGUUUUUAAAUGGAUAAACAAGUCUGUUCGACAGCAACUCCAAGACCUGAAGGAUGCAGAGGCGUCUCGAAUGGAGACAGACAAACACAUCGAUCUCUUACUGAAGAAGCUUACACAGGCUGAGUGUGAUAAUCUGCAUUUGAAAGGAGAUUUGAAUGAUAAAGAACAAAUGGUAGAAGAACUGAUGGGUUUGCGGAAGAAAGAAAUGGAGAACACAGAGAAUGCGGUCCAUGCCACCAAGUCUGUGGAGACCACACGUGCUCACCUGCAGGGCCAGCUACGCAGCAGGGAGGCCGACAACAACCGUCUCACUGUGCAGCUCCGGGGUUUGGAGAGGCAGUUGACGGCACAGAAGCUGGAGAUAGAUGGUCUGAGGGGGGAGAUCUCUGGUUUUUUGGAGAAGGCAGCGCAGGAGAAAGAAGUCCUGAAGAAGGCCACCCGCUCCCAGAAACAGAGGGCCGAGAGGUUCGAAGCUGCUGUGGAUAAAUGCUACACGAAGCUGAGGGAAAAAGAUGUUCAGCUGGUUGAGGUUCAUUCAGAGAGGGACACAUGGAGGAGACAUCAGGAGCAGAAGACAGAUGAGAGAAUACAGCUUGAUGCACAGAUAGGACUGCUAAAAGGCCAAAUAGCAGACAUUACUGUGAAGCUGCAGAAAGAGAGAGAUGAAUUCGCUGCUGCAAAUGAGGCCUUACUGCUAAAAGGGGAAAAACUCAACGCUGAAAACAGAAACAUUGGCCUUGAGAACGCAACCCUCAAGGCGUCCACCGCUGGGCUGGAACUGCAGCUGGUCCAUUCUGAAGCAGCCCUGAAAGAGGAGAGCACUAUGUUACAGGAGAGGAAAGACCAAGCAGAACAGGAUCAGAGUCAGGCAGGGAUCCCACACCCCCCCAUAUCCAAGUUUCAAUACUUACUAAUCCUAUAA